GUAGCAGUCACUGUUACAAUUACAAAAAACACUCGCUUUCAAUUCCAUUCAUUCUCUUCUUCCAACAACACACUCAGUCACCUCACACACAUUCUCUCUCUGUCUCUUCGAUUUUGCUCCUUAAACACCUGUAACGGUCACAUUUCCACCACCCCCACUAACUCAAGCAUCUUCAUCUUCAUCUUCAUUCACACACAAUAACAUAAAUCCCAAUUCCCAACCCAACACCACCCAUUUCUCUUUCUUCCCUUCCUUCACUCACCGACCACUCCCCCGCAAUGCCCACCCCAAAAAGCCUCGUUCUUUCGCUCCUCCUCCUUCUGGGCCUCUGUUCCGGCGGCGGUGGCGGUGGCGCUCCGCCGCAGGAGCUGUGGUGCGUGGCGAAGAACAACGCGGAGGACGCGGCGCUGCAGGCCGCGCUGGACUGGGCCUGCGGGGCCGGCGGCGCCGACUGCCGCCCAAUCCAGCGCGGUGGGCCCUGCUACGACCCCACCAGCGUCCAGAAUACGGCGUCGUUUGCCUUCAACGACUAUUUUCUGAAACAUGGCAUGACCGACGAUAGCUGCGACUUCAACAACAACGCUGCCGUCACUUCCUUGAACCCUAGUCAUGAUAAUUGCAAGUUUCCCUCCGGUAAGAGUGGGAGCAAUGGGAGUUUUUCUGGAUCAACGCCCACUUCAUCUGUUGGAUUGGGACCCAGUAAAGAUUUCAGUGGGUGCUCGAGAGUUUCUUGGGGAUGGUGGUGGUUUUGGCCUUUGAGUUUGAUCGGGCAUUUGAUGUUUAUGGUUUCUGUUUUUGGAUGAUAGGAAGUAAAACUGAAAAAUAGGCCCUUGAUUUGAUGAGGGAAUUUCAAGAGAUAAAGUUUUCCUUGUUCACGUUGCACAGGUUAGACAGUGAGGGAGAAUACUAUAUAAAAUUGUGUCGUGGCAACCUGGAUCUGAAAUGCUGAAUGAUCUGUUAUGAAGGACUUUUGUGACUCAUUUGAAUUUUGGUCAAUGCUUCAAAAUUUUAUUGGAGUCAUUGUUCUAAUUACGGGAUUUUUUUUGUUGCAUUACGGUAUUUAAGUGUUGAGAAAGAAAUAAAAGGGAAAAUUGAGAUGGGA